AUGACAGCCCUAUACAGGCCCGCCGAGGCCAUCUCGGUCCUCCGGUCGUCGCUGCUGCUCCCGCGCAUGCAGCCAUCAUCCACACGACGCGCCCGCGCUGCCUUCUCCACCACUCGCAAUGCACACGCCAAGGAGCCCACCUUCCCGGGCACCCCAUUCCCAGAGCCCGCACGGAAGUCCAUCACGCUCACGGGCGACACGGGCCGAGUGCGGUGGACUGAACUAUCGCCAGGCGAAAAGGUCGUGCGCACAACGCAGCAAUCAUUCAACCUACUGAUUGUAGCGGUUGGCGUCAUAGCGACAGGCGGCGUAGCAUACUUCCUCUUCAGCGACGUCUUCAGCCCCAACUCCAAAACCGCCUACUUCAACGAAGCCACUACGAAGAUACGGCAAGACCCUCGGUGCCAGAAGCUGCUCGGCGAAGGCUCCCAGAUUGCUGCAUUUGGCGAGGGCUCGUGGAGUCGCUAUGCGAAGAACCGCUUCAUCAGCAGCACAGAAGAGACGGACAAGUGGGGCACAGACCACUUGAAGUUUCGCUUCUUCGUCGAGGGCAAUGGGAAGCAGGGUGUUGUGCACGUCCAUCUGAUCAAGAAGCCGAGCAUGGCGACGUAUGAGUAUGCCGAGCUCACAGUGGAUGUCAAGGGGCAUCGGAGCAUUGAUCUGGCCGCGAAGGAGAAGCAGGACCAUGUUGCGCCCAAGAUAUUUGGGGCGAGAUGGUGGUAG